UAAUUUAAAAAUAUUCUUGUCAAACAAUUAAUUACAUCAAUUUAAGUAAUUUUUAUUUUGUAUUUAAUAGUACCUGUUAUACCUGCUAAUAGUUGCAGUUAAUAAGUUAACCACUAAGAUAUAUUAAAUAUCAAAAAUGUGGACCAUUGUUCACUUUAUAAACGAUGAUUCAGUGGAGCCCGUUCCAACGGAUUGGCUUAAUCAUAAUAGCACUCAAUGCGCAUGGCCAAAUAAUGAUUCGCUAAUUGCCAAGUAUCGAGCAAAUAAAACAAGGCCUAAUGGAUUUGAUUUUUCAUAUUAUGACUGUCGAGUGCUUUCAACAAACAUAUUAUCAUUUACUGAUGCACUAGACAAAGCAAAACGGGGACUGUAUACUUCUGAUCUGGAUGACUUUGAUGUUCAAACAACCAGUUACAAACCAAAAAAAUCAACAACCACCACAGUAAAACAAAACAAGUUUUCAAAACCGUCAGCAUCUGUUACUGAUUUACAAAGAAAAUCAACCUUUGCUAAAACACCAGGAAAUUCUUUAAAAAGACCGAAUACAACAUUAUUAGAUUCGCCAGAUUUAAAAAUAUUUAAGAAACAAAACAUCAAUGAAAAAAAAAAAAUAAAUAAGAAAGAUAAGUCUUCCAACUGCAGUAUGUCACCGUUAAUUGAUUGUAAUAAUGAUGUUGAUAAUGAUCAAUGUUCUUCAGAGAUUUGUGAGUCUAUGUUAUUCAAUAAUGAAUAUCAUUUAAUUAUAUUGAUAAUGACUAUAAUAUAUUACGGUUUAAAAAACCAAAUAAGUUAAAUCUAUAUUUAUUUAUUUUAUUUAUAUAGCAUCAAUUGCAGAUGAUGCUGAUCUUGAUAAAGAUUACAAUCCAUCACUUAUUACCAAUCAAAAUAUUCUUCUUGAAAAUGAUGAUGGGAAUAAUAAU